AUGCAAUCGAAUUUCAGCAAGCAAUAUUCUCACAGAUCUGGAGGUAGUAGUUCAUAGUAAUACGACUCGGUUGAUCUAAGCCAGUUUCCAGAUGAGCCUAUUCAAUUUAUUUAGAUUGAUGAUAAAGGCAAAUGCAAAAUAAAUCAUUCAGCUUUCGACAUGCUUUCAAAGAUUACUACCAAGAUUGCAAUAAUAUGUGUAGCUGGACCGUAUAGAACUGGCAAAAGUUUCCUGCUAAACAGACUAUUAGGAAAAUAAGAUGGGUUUGAAAUAGGCUCUACUGUUUAAAGUUGCACCAAGGGUUUAUGGAUUUGGGGAAGGCCUAUUAGAGUUUCUUAGGAUAUGCAUGCGAUAUUGCUGGACACUGAAGGACUGGGAUCAUGCAACAGAGACUAAGUGAUUGACAUUAAGAUCUUCUCACUCUCAGUUUUGUUAUCAUCAUACUUUGUUUUCAACUGCAUGAAUGCUAUAGACGAAAAUGCCUUGGAAGCACUCUCUCUAGUCUGCAAUUUGAGUAAACACAUCCAUGUGAAUUCAAAGCCAAGUAACUUGAGUGAUGACCAAGGUGCUAAUAUGGCUAGAUACUUCCCUUAGUUUAUGUGGGUAAUCAGAGACUUUGCAUUACAGAUGGUGGAUGAUAAUGACAAUGAGAUCAAUCCCAAGCAAUAUCUAGAGAAUGCUCUAAGACCAGUUGAGGUCAAUAGAGAACUUAUUGGCGAUAAUGGAGUUGAGAUAAUAAAGAGAAAAAAUGAGAUCAGAUAGGUGCUUCAGACUAUGUUCUAAGAAAGAGAUUGCACAGUGCUAUUUAGGCCAGUCUCAGACGAGAAGAAACUUAGAGAGAUUAACAAUCUACCUUAUGAUUCACUCAGGCCAUAGUUCAGAAUGUAACUAGAGGGAAUGGUAAAGAAGAUUUUCUACAAUCUUAGACCUAAGUUACUUGAGGGUUAGACACUCUCAGGCAAGAUGUUUUGUGAACUGGCUGACUGCUAUGUCUAGGCUAUGAAUUCUGAUGCAGUGCCGACAAUAUCAAGUGCUUGGGAGAGAGUCAUCGAUGGUGAGAUUAAGAGAAUCUAUGAACUAGCUCUAGAGUAACUCAAUCAAUACAUUUAAGAAGUUAUCCUUCAGAGAUUCCCACUUGAAGAGUUAGAGCUAAGACAGUUAAUGAAAGAGGGAAAAUAAAAAUCCUUGACAAUUUUGAACUCGCUCACUAUUGCUAAUUCCCCUCCAGAGAAACUAAUAGAGAUGCGUUAAGCAUAUGAUGAUAAGCUAGAGUAGAUCUUUGAUAUAAUCUAGCAAAACAAUUACACAGCUAGUGAAAAAGUGUGCGAAGACUUGUUCCUCAAGUUUCAUGAGUAAAUUAGGCAGAAAGUUCAGUCUAAUGAAUUUGAAGAUUUUAAGUAACUUCAAAGUGACUGGGACAUAAUGCGUAAAUUCUACAAGGAAAAUGCUAGAGGUCCUGCUAAGUUUGAUAUAUCAGAGCGACUAGGGAUAAACAGAUUGCUCUCUGAUUGUGAUUAGCUGUUCUUUAUGAUAAAGUCUGAAUAAGAUAAGCAGUAUAUGGAGUUAAAGUAGAAGUAUUAAGUUGCUCAAGGGCUUUAAGAUAGUGCUAAAGAGAUGCUUAAGGAGGAGAAAGAGAAGAAUCAAUAGCUUGUCAGAGAAAUCAGAGAAAAGGGAUAAGAGACCAGACUAGAGUAUGAGUCCAGAAUAGAUGAAUUAAGACUUGAACUAAAUAAAAAAGAUGACUAAAUCAGAAGACUUGAGUUUGAAAUAGAGAAAUAAGCCAAGUUGGCUUAGAUUCAGAUUCAACAGAAUGCUAUCCAGUAGAUGAAUGUAAUGAAUAGUUAAGAAGGUAGUAUUGGGGGAGGAGCCUUAAGUAAUUUGGACUAAUCUGAUGUCAAAGGCAUAUUAAAGCUUUUAGGCUAGUAACUGCAGACUAAGGAAUUUGAGAUAUAAAGGUUAAAGCUGACUAAGGAGUAUGAGUUGAAGAUGAAGGAUUUGGAAAAGAUACAUUAUGAGAGAUUGCAGUUGACUAAGCAAGAGACUCGAAGAGCUUUUGACAUUACUAUGGAAAAUAUGAAGACUAUCUAUGAAGAUGAGAUUAAGUCAUUAAAACAAGUUAAAAAGGAUGGGGAUGAGAAGAUAAACAACUUGAAAAGAGAACUGGUGAAAAAGGAAGGUGACAUACAACUACUUUAAGAAAGGAUAAAGGGACAGGAAAAAGAGAAAAAUCUUAAAUUAGAGCAUGCACAGCUACUCUGUAAGUUGAGCAAUGCUCUGAAAGGGUAUGCUGAUGCAAUAGAUAGCAAGGCGAAAUAACAUGGAGGUAGUGGGAUGAGUAUUAGUAAUGGUCACAGCAAUAGCAACAGCAAAAGCACCAGCUAAGUCAGAAGUCAUAGUAAGAUAAGGCAGUCUAGAAGAAAAGUGGAUGAUGUACUCAGAAAUAAAAAUGAAGAAGACGAGGAUUUCUGA